AGUAGGCGGGUCGGCAGGAAGAUGAACCCGUACUCAAACGUUACCACUCUGUUGUCUGUCGAAGCUGAGAACGCUACAGCAGUGUUUCGACUCAGUGAGUCGUUGAUCAACAACAACGAGAAGAAGAAGCAGAAGAAAAGGAAGAACGAAGAUGAGGAAGCGCGAUUUAGCUAUUCUGAUGCUAUCUGCUUUCGCUAUUUUCUUUUCUCUUCAGCACGAAGGUGAUUUAUCGUUCAAGGAGGCAUGGUUUCAUCUAUCCGAAGAGUAUCCCAUCAAAUACGAGGCCGAGCGUCUUCCUCCCCCAAUUGUUUCCGAUCUCAACGGUGAUGGCAAGAAAGAGGUCCUUGUCGCAACUCACGAUGCCAAAAUUCAGGUUUUGGAACCACAUUCUAGGCGUGUUGAUGAAGGUUUCAGUGAAGCACGUUUGCUCGCGGAGGUGUCCCUCUUGCCUGACAAAAUUCGUAUUGUCUCAGGCAGACGAGCAGUGGCGAUGGCCACUGGUGUGAUAGAUAGGAACUAUAAUCACAGGGAGCCUCGUAAGCAGGUCCUAGUUGUUGUUACCUCAGGUUGGUCUGUGAUGUGUUUCGAUCACAAUCUCAAAAAGCUAUGGGAGGUCAACUUGCAGGAGGAUUUUCCACAUAAUGCUCAUCACAGGGAGAUAGCAAUUUCCGUAAGUAAUUACACUGUAAAACAUGGAGAUUCAGGCUUGGUUAUUAUUGGUGGAAGGAUGGAAAUGCAGCCUCAUAUGUAUAUUGAUCCAUUUGAAGAGAUUGAAAUGGCUGAGAAAAGUGCAGAGCAGCACAGAAGAAGUGCUGCUGAGAAGGAGGUAAAUAUUCAUGCUGUUUGAAGUACACAUUUCUUCUUG